AUGGCCUACAGAUUCCCUACCGGCCUAGGCAACAGAGAGUCUCCGUACUUGAUCGACGAUGAGGAAGACGGUGCAAGUCAGGAGCUUCAGCUUCCGAUCAGAAACUCUGCUGGUGAAGCUGGAGACAAGUUGAGUGUUGAGAACAAAGGCGAUGAUUUCCACUACUUCUUCGAAAAGCUCCCGCAAGAGUUGAAGGACAUGAUUUGGAAGGAAGUCUUCAUGUUCGGCGAGCGUACAAUCUUGGUCCGAACCUGUGCCGCGAAGCUUUCCCAACAGUACGACUUCCAUUACGACAUUCUCCCCACCACCCUUUGGCUCGACCACAAGACUAAAGAUGUCGCCAUGAAGCGCAAUAAAGACACACUCGGCAAUGAGCGGACCACUAACUGCAGAAGCGUGGUCCACUUCAACAAGGAGCUUGAUUGGGUUCAUAUUGGCGAAGCUAGAGGUGUACAACUCACCUAUCUUAUGUUCUGGAUUAAAGUUGAGGAUUUUCAUUCUAUCCAAAAGCUUUCGAUCAAUGUUGAUCAAGUGAACCACUGGUUUCGAAUCCAAGAUCCUCGUCCUCAUAUUCUACGUCUUCCCAAUUUGAAGAGUCUUCGGGUCUGUUACAACGUACACGCUACCAUUCCGAAGACUGUUAGAUCACCAAAAGAUUAUCAUAUUGGCCCAUGCGUCAAGAAAGCAGGAAGCAGCUUCUGUUUGCCAGCCAAGGCUAGCUUCGGAUCCAAGUCGCUCACUCGUUGGCCUCCAGGCGCACCUGGCCAUGGCCGAUUCGACAAGGCUAUGUCUGAGAUUAGAGACUUCCCUGCUUGGCAACUUCCAGGUGCAACUCCUCCUACAGUCGAAUACGUAGACCUUCACCUAGAUCUCCCAUCCGACAAGAGGACCGUCUCGUACAUCAAGGAGUUUUUUAACAUGGAAUCGCAACCUGCUAGGGAGGAGCUCCAACGUCAGCGAGAGCAAGCAAAGCAAAGAAGAAUGUUGGCCAAGACUAAUGCCACUUCCGCCUCUAAGCUUCAACUCAACAAGGACGUAACUGGCGCAUAA